GGGAACUCCUUGAGGCACCGUUCUUCCUCGGUGCAUAUGGUUCAAAAAGCACAGCGUGCUUAGUGUCAUGUAGUUUGUGCAGACGAAUGCGUACCCUUCCUGCGUUGCUGCUUUUGACCGAUGUCGCACAGUUUGGACAUACCAGAAGUCCGCAACGGCAACGCACUGGCUUGGCCAGUUUCGAUGCCGGUGGUCAUUUCAAUCUAGAAGGCCCACCUCCAACACCAUUCUGUCAGAAGCUUUGCAACAAGUCGAACAUUGACCUGAGAGGUGCCAAGACUUGCAAGGAGCUUCCCGAGGAAGACUGCAAGGCACUUGGCUUCUACCAAAAGAAGCAAGGUGAGUAUCGACUUUGCAUUUGGCAGCCCCAGUGGAAAUGUACAGAAGACUGGACGACUGCCUGUCUACUUUCGGAGCUCCAAUGUGAUGGUCCCACUUCGAGCGCCAGGGGUUUUUGUCACUCGUUGUGCUACAAGACAGACCUGCGAAGUAUCGACAGUUUCUGCCACUUGCUCUCUCCUGAGGAGUGCUCAAGCGGUCAGUUCUACGAAAGCGACGGAGAUGGCAAUCGCAGAGAAUGCAAGGAAUUGAGUGGAUCGGAUUCGAUUUCCUGCGUUGCAUCUUCCCAAGCUGAAUGUCCAGGCAGAAACAUCACUUGCCCAGGAAACAUUGACUUUGAACAGAGCGAAGAGCUGAACAGCUCCGAGUGCCGCUCGAUGUGCUACAGAACCAACACAGCAGUGUCAGGUUUGUCUUGUGCGGACUUAAGCCUUGCGCAUUGCAGUAGUGCCCAAUUCUACGAAAGUGAUCGGCAUGGUCACCGGCGCUUGUGUGUCCCGCACGGGAACAGGUGCGCCGCUGAUCCAGCGCGCUCUUGCUCUGGAAAUGUCGCACCUUGCUCUGAUGACAGAAGCCAUCCUGCAUCUUCUCUGCCACCAUUGGUUUUUACAACCACAGCGGCAUCCAGCUUGGCAAAUUCCUCUGAGAGGUUGCUUGCCAACGAAGUGCCACACUUUUGCCUGUCUCUCUGCGAGAAGACUGACACCCGCAGCAUGAACGCUUCUUGCGCUGACUUGCCUGCAGCUUCAUGCGAAUCUCAAGAUUUCUAUGAAACAGACAGUGGGGGUAAAAGAAGACUUUGCUAUCAAAGCGGUGGCAAAUGCCUACAAGACUCCUCUAAAGUCUGCGACGAACAAUAUUCACUGUGUAGGAGUGGGCAUGCGGAAGCCAACUCUCUUGAGUUAAAUGGCUGCUAUUUGUAUUGCGACAAGAUCAACACAAGGAGCAGAAACAAAUCAUGCGAAGAUCUUUCUGAGAUGGAAUGCCUGAGUGGGAUCUUUUACCAGAGUGACCACGAGGGCACAAGGAUAAUGUGCAGUUCUGCUGACAAGGGCUGCUUUGCGAACGUCUCCACAUCUUGUGAGGCCAAUCGGCCAAUAUGUCAUGGACUGGAUUCAAAACCGAGAAAAGCCUCUGUGGUCAGAUCCGACAAGUUUGCUGUGCACUCCUAUGGUGGCUCCCCAGCUCACGAAGCCUUUGGUGGAGCUGAGGUCCAUAGUGGUGCUGCCAGGUUCAAGAUGACAUAGAUCUCAACCGCGUGGCCGGCAACACGAUCAGCGUUCCGGUUGUUGGAGCUAUCGGCAGUGUGAUGUUGGCAAGCACCAGAUGGCGAAAACACAAAGUGUUGCCUAUGCCAAAGUCAAUGAAACAAUUGACUGACUUGCCUCCCCCUCAGUGGAUUGGAGACCAGAGAGUUUCCAAGCAUGGUUCUUCGUGGGACACAGUGGCCCCACAGACCCGAAAACGUAGCGGAUCUGCAAAAGAUGCUCGGGGUGCUUCUAAGAAAGCGAAACCAGUGCAGCAGAAAUUGGACAAAUACGUCAGCGCUGCAAAGCAGUGACAAGCUCCAAACCGCGCG